CGGCAUUUCUAGUGUUGAGAGAGAGAGGAAAGGGUAGACCUUUUUACGUCUGUCUUUCCGGGGGUGAUCAGCUGAUUUUCAGGGGGUGCGUUUAGGUCAAGGUGAUGAUCGGAGGGGCACACUGUCAUCAUAUCCUUGCCAGGACGCCUGCAGGAAGGGGUCCGCUCUUUCGAAAACCCGGCAGUUGCCCAAUUUGCUUUGGGAGUCGUUCGGUAAACGGUGUGUUCUUGGUGGAGUGCAGAGUCAUUACAACUUAAUAAACUCUACCUAGAGGAGAACUGCAGAUAGUGGUAUGUGACAAGGGGUAAGAGGGAGCAAAAGCUGUAAUGAAUUUUAUUGACCCUCCAAUGAUUAUUCAGUAGUAAAGAGACAAGCCAAGACCUUCUUGCAAGUUUUAGCGUAAGCAUCUUUGCACUUCACGCAGGAUGGCAUUACAAAUUUCAGGCAUUCGCCGCAAUCUAAAGAAUAUUGCGCACAAUUAUACAGAUGCACAGAUCAAAGUGCGUGAAGCGACGAGUAAUGAUCCAUGGGGUCCUUCAUCAACUUUAAUGUCAGAGGUUGCAGACCUCACAUACAAUGUAGUGGCCUUCACAGAAAUCAUGCAGAUGAUAUGGAAAAGACUUAAUGAUCAUGGGAGAAAUUGGAGACAUGUAUAUAAAGCCCUGGUCCUCUUAGAAUACCUUAUUAAAACAGGGAGUGAGAAGGUUGCAGACCAGUGUAAAGAAAAUAUUUUCGCCAUUCAAACAUUAAAGGACUUCCAGUAUAUUGAAGAAAAUAAGGACCAGGGUAUGAAUGUUAGAGAAAAAGCAAAAGCUCUAGUUACACUCUUAAAGGAUGACGAGCGACUCCGAAAUGAACGAGUCCGGGCACUGAAGGCCAAGGAAAGAUUUGCACAGAGUGUAUCUGGAAUUGGCAGUGACAGUAAGGGAGACCGUCAUUAUGCCGAGGAGCUGACCAUAAUCUGUGAGGGUGAUAAGACUUAUGUGACAAGUUCGUCAAGACCGGCAGAAAGAAAUGCAUAUGGAGUGAGUGAAGGGCCAUCUAAUUUAGAACCUCAGCUUGAAGCUGCCCGUCCUCAGACUGUUGGUGAAGAAGAGUUACAGCUCCAGUUAGCAUUAGCCAUGAGUAAAGAAGAAGCAGAACAAGAAGAGCAAAAACAGCGAUCAGAUGAUGUCAGACUGCAAAUGGCAAUUACUCAGAGUGAAGAAGACUUCAAGGAUGGGUCGAAAUCUACUGGUCAUGGAUCUCUCCCUCCUAGGGAAUACAAGCGCAGUCAGAAGGAAGACUUGUCAGCUAUGAAUGAUCUUCUGGACAUCAAUUUUAAUCCUCAUGGUGGAGCUAAUGGUGGUGGGGCACGUUCUGUAGCCACUCCUCCAGCACCCAGUCUUGAUCCGUGGGGUAUGCCAGCCCCAGCACCAUCUGCAUCACCUCAACAUGUUGCUCAGCCAAAGAGUGUUCCUGCCGCAGGACUCACUCCCUCCCCUCCACCUGUACCUCCUCUACCUGUUUCAUCAAAUUCUUUCUUCACUGCUACUUCUAAGAUAUCUUUCCGACACUCCAACCCACCCUUUAUUACAUCUUUCCUGUCCAGUGAUUUUGAAAACCACUUGAAUUCUGCACCUAAUCCUUUUGUAGACUUGUCAGCUGCAAAGUCCUCUAUAGAUUUGUCAAGAGUUUCUCAAGGCAAUAUGUUUUUAAGCACAGAUCCUUCAGUUUCUCGACCUUCUUCCUUGUUUCUAGCCCCUCCAACACAACAGAAUUUCUCCACAUCUUUACCUUCAACUUACUCCCUUUUCCCCCCCGCCACAAGUUUUCGCUCAUCUUCACCUUUACCCAAUACCUCACUAUCACCUAAUCCUUGUAAUUCCACAUCUUUUGGCCCCUCCUCUGCUCCCCUUUCCCGUGACUCUUCUCCACUACCCCCUGCUUCGUACAAUCCAUGGGGGGCUGUGCAAGUCAACAUUACAGCAGCCCCGUUAGCCCCCACGUGUAAGACAGAUCCCUGGGGAUCCCCAGCAUCGGGACCUCCAUCUCGUGUCACAUCCCCUCCUACUACUGAUCCUUGGGGUGUCCCACCUGCCAAAUCUCCAGAACCACCUAUGGGAGGUAUAUGUGGUAAUGAUCCUUGGGCUGUACUUAGUGCUCCUCCUUCUGCUAGUAGAGCCACACCACCAGUAGGGAACAAUGAUCCAUGGAAUCCUGUGCCAGCAAAGACUCAGCAGCCACGUGAUCCAUUUGCUCCUAUUUCGCCCACUAAUAAUGGAGACAUUGAUGAGUUCUCUGCAUUAUCUUCGAGGGAAAAACCAGCUAAAAACGGCCUAACAGAUGCGUUCGACCCUGGACUUUUAGCAGAAGAUGGAUUAUCAGAUGCAUUUGAUUUAAGUGGGUUGGGAUCAUCAAUGCCAGAAAACAAUACUCGAGAGCCACAGAAGUCAAAGAGUCCGGCAGCAUUCCUCGGUGAAAACUCUAAUCUUGUUAAUCUUGAUAAUCUUGUAUCAGCUAAACAUGUGCCUGGUGGUUUAGGUCUCACUCCUUUGAACUCUACCUCAGCUUCUCCCCUCAUCAUGAACAACAUCAACAACAACUUGAACAACAAUCUCAGCAACACCACCACCUCCACCAAUCCUUUUGCGCCUUCAUCUUUUACAGGUGUGAACCCGUUCAGUGCUCCCAGUCCUCCAAACCCCUUCCAGGCUCAACAAGCACCCAAGCCAUCAAUGAACCAGCUUCGAACCACUGGAAUUGGGGGCUCAGGUCUCUCCGUUUCACCAGCACCCACUGGAAUAGACCAUGGCCCAUGGGGUCCCCAACAACCGUCCACUGGCUUUGGCAUGGCCCCGCCAGCCGCUUCUCAAGAAGAAAACCCUUUCUUUUUAUAAUACAGCUCACACUCUCAUCCUUUGUAGUGUUCAGAUCAGUCAUAUAAUGCAUUAUCACCAUCAGUCUCUUUUAGGUUAUUGGUAUGCAAAAAUUUUCUAAAUCUGAAAAAAUGUACAUAAGUAGGUAUUUUUCUUUAUGCACAUACAUUGUACAGGGUCUCCACACCUCUUGAUUUCUAAACCAGUUCUUCUUGUAAAGUUUUAUUAUUUAAUUGUUACGGCUUUUGGGUGGGAACUCAGAAACACCAGUGAUAUGAUACUGAAUAAUAUACUAUUUCCCAUUUGCAAUUCGGAUAUUCAGAACUUUUGUGCAAAUGAGACUCCAAAGAAUUUAUGAUAAGUAGAAAAUGUAUGCAAUAUUGUCAUUACUAUUUAUUAUUAAGAUUAGGUGUAAUUUUAUAGCUGGUCCAAGAGUAGAUUUUAAGGGAAAUAACUUAUUUAAUUGUAAAUUUUUCCCAAAUAUGUUUGUUUUAAUAUAAUACACCAUUCAGUAUGCCCCAAAUAUGCUUUUGAGUAAGCAACCUUUAAAGGAAACUGAAGAAUAAUGUUUGAAUAACUGAAAAUUUGAUGGUACAUGUCCUGAGCAUGCCAGUACUAGUCUCUUUAUUUGGGUAUUUGGGGAAAAUGAUAAUGAUAAAAUGCAAGUCAUGCCUCUACUAUACUACAUCCUUUAAAAGAUAUUUUCAGCUCUCCAGGUUCCUUGGAAAUAUGGCAUCUUUAGAGAGAAUAUAAGGAAUUUUGCAGGGUUGUUUAUCAUCCCAUUAGCUUCAUUACAUCAUGCUAGCAAUGUUUUGCAUAACGUGAAUUUAGUGAUAGAAAGGGAGGAUGGGUAGUCUUGAUUGUUAUGAGCAAAUAAAUUGAUCUCCAAUAUUACUUAGUCUUCAGCUACAAAUUGGUAAAAAAAGCUUACUGUAUUUGCAGCUACAAUAUUAUACAGGAGCCAUCAGCUUUUAGUGAAGAUCACUCCAAGUAUUUUGAAUAAGACUGUGCGACUAUGCAGUAAUUUGAUAUAAUCUCUUGCAUUCUAAGUGAAGACAUUUUGUAUCUUCUUAACAUAAGCUUGAAAAGUAAUUGUCUCGAUAGAGACAACAGCGUAAAUUAUGACUUGGCCUUAGUGAUGCCGUAAUGUCAUGUGAUGAAUGAAUUUUUUUUUAUUUUUUUUUCUGCACCAACAUCAACUGAAUGGAGCUUUGUAUAUAGCUGGAAUAUAAGUUUAUUGUUAAAACAUUGACCACUCAAACCUCAAAAUGUAAAAAAUGACUUGGUCACUACCAUGUGAUCACCAGUUAUAAGCCUUAGGUAUUUUUUUCACAUGGAUAAUUUUAUAUGACAGUAGUAGAGUGAAGAGUUAAAAUACGAUUAAGGCUUAGUGUUGUUAAUUAAUGCCAAACAUUUGAUGUGUUCUUUACAGCAAUAGUUUUUCUUCUGGAGUCUGCUUGUGUUCAAUUUGUAGUGCAGUUACAACUUAUUAACUAACAAUUUGUAAAUUUACUGUGUACCACAUGCUGGAAGUAAGGCUCUAAAGACCAAAUGAGCAAUGAUAUGCAAAAGAUUUGGAAAAAUUUGUUAUACUGUAAUUAUAAAAUUUGAAUCUCAAGGCUAGUCAUUCAGAAACAAAAACAAAGUUUCCUUAGUUUGUGGACCUUGCACUUAUUUUUAACUUGAAGGCUCAGGAUUCUUGAACUAUUAAUUAAUAAAUUAUCACCCCAGGCAAGUGGCUGGCAUAAUACAUUGCUUGAACAUUUUCAGACCCAGUUGUAGAGAGAAAAUUGUCAGUAUUGAGCACAUCUGUGGUAUCUUGCUUCUUUUGUUGUGGGAAGCACCCUCUUCCAUUAUCUCCAGCUAGGAAAAUGUGAAUAAAAAUCUUCCCAAAAGUGACAACAUUAGCCUCGCAAUACAAAGCAAAAAUCAGAAUUGGUAGCUUGGGGACAAUAACUUGGCACAUUGCCUUACUGUAUUCUGUUGUCAAGCAAGAUGAUCCUACUUUUUAUGGAAUGCCUUUAGGACAUCUUUGACUUGACUGCAGGAAUGUUGACCUUCGUUAUAGUCUUCUAUGCUUCCUUCUGGGUCUUGAUGGGUUGCAUAAGAUGGCUUUUCCAUUUUUUUUUUUAUUUUUUUUAUGCCAUGGCCAUCAUAAGAGGUUAAUAUAGUUAUCCCUUUUGUAUUUCAGUGUUGCCCAGCCUUUAAUGAUUGAAACUGAAAAUUUUUACUUACUGUAGAAUGGGUCAAGUUCAGCAUUACUCUUUAUUUUCACCAUUUGUAUAUUGCAAUAGUUUUCAUGUAUUUAAAGUUUUGUCUCACAAUCACGUAAGAGUGCACCGAGACAGUUUUAAUAAUUUUCAGUUCUUGACAUUUCAUUAAUUGCUCAACAGAAGUAUAUAAGAUAUCCAUAAUUUUACCUGGGAUUUGUUGUGAUUGAAGAUAUUCCUAAAGCUUGUUGAAACCUUUUUCACUUGAAAAUUCAAUAACUUUUUCUAAUUUUUCUUGGUAACUUUAUAUAGAAAUGGAUAAUUCUCCAAAUACAUAUGAUGUCUGCUGGACUUUCCAAAAACCUCGUGACUUGGAUAAUAGAAAUAGCAUAACCGGCUAUUCCAUGCAUUCGAUGCUACCAGGGUCGUAUUCAGUAAAUAAUGUUACAACUUUAUAGUUAGAAUACUAUCACAGAUUUAACAGUACUAUUUUUUUUCCUUGCUGCGGAACUUUAGUUGCUAUCGGCCAAAGAGAGAAAUAAUGUCAAGUCCUCUUUGGGGUAAGCCUUGAUAUCUGUCCAUGCCAAGAUAUGCUUUUAUAGAUGCAGCUUAUCCAUUUUGUAAUAACUACUCUGAAAUGUCUUUGUUUUUUACACUGAAAUGUCUUAAUUGUUUUUUGAUAACUCUUAUAGGUGUUUUUUCUUCCAUUAGUACUAGGAAGGGUGAUGAUUUAAAACUUUAAGUGUAUUCAGCCUAAGAAUUUUUUCGUAAACAAAUUCCUUAUCAGUUUCCGGCCCCUCCAUAUUGGAAGGGUAGUUGUCUGACACUGUAGCCACUAUAAAGUAACCUACCCGAGCUAUCUUCAUGUCACAACACAAACUACUGAGGGAUACUCAGAAAAAAGUUUAUGGAGUCAUUGCAGAAGGUACCCAUUCUAUAGUACUUUUUUUCAUAAUUAGAAAACUAUUGGAAAGAAGCUGUAAUGAACUUGUGCUGUUGGUGCUACGUUAACUCAUAUUGGUUGCUUAAUUUGCAUAUGUUAUGAUCAGGCAGUGACCGUUUCAAGUUUUUUUUUUAUUUUUAAUGUAUUCUUUGUACUACAAGUACUGUCCUAUUACUACUACAAAACUACUGCUACUAUUAUUGUUGUUACUCUUUAUCGUGAAUAUUAUUACGUAUUAUUAGCAUUAUUUAACUUUGGAGUAUCUGCCAUCAUUUUUGUUUGUGGAGGAAAACUUGUUUAGAUUGAUCCUAAGCAAAACUUUUUUAAAAUUUUAUUUUAGAUAUUUGUUGUUUUGGUAAUGAACCCACUUGCAACUUUUGUUGUCAUUGUUCUUGUAUUGGUUAUAUUAUGGGUAAGCUAAGCUCUCCUGUGCAAUAAGGGAAUUGGUACUUCAUUUGUGGUAUGUGGCAAUCUCUAGAAUUCUAAAUGAAUAAUUUUUUUUAUGUAUUCAGCAGUGUUCAUAUUUCUUGUGUAUCAGCUGUAAUAUUUUGUGAAAAGGAUUAUGUCAUUAAAAGUGAUAGCGUAAUGAAUUUUGUAAUGAUUAUUUGAUGCAUCUAGGGGUCCUUUUGGUAUUUUUGUUUAGCAUUUAUAUGAAAAUGUAUGCCAGCAUUACUUAUAAUCCAUUUUCUCCUUUUUUCAAAUGCAAUUAUGUUGUAAGAAUCAAGGCUUAGGGUAGCUUCUUUUGUAAAUGACUCAUUCUUUGUUACUCUUUAACCUUUGUUAGUAAGUUUUAAAUAAGUUCAGGUGAACAAACAUUUAGUCCUUAAGUACUUAUGAAGGAAAUCUAGUGUAAUCCUAAAUAUAAAACUGCUAAUUAUUGUCUUUGAAUUUACUUUGACAGUUUAAGUGUUAAUGUUAAACAUGUAGUUUUUGAGGCAGAGACUCUGAAUUCUUUUUGUUUUAUCUUACUGCAGAGUAUGGUGUUCAUUUCCUAGUUUGGUAUUUAUGUGUACAGUAAUUGAAACAUUAAAAUACAGGGACCCACAUACCCUAAAAAUGUUGUACCUCUGUAUUAUGUAGAAAAAGCAGUGAAAAAAGAAAAAAAUUAGGUAUAUUGAAUGGUAAUAUACAAAUAGGAAAAUACUGUGAUGCGGAUUUUUGUUUACAUUUUAAAGUACUCUCUUCUGUGGCAUAAGAACUUUUGAAGCUCCCUUUGAAGUUCAGUUGCAGAUUCUAUGAAAUGAUUGGUUGUUUUAAAUUUUAUGGCCGAUUUCAUAUGAAGUUGAUAUAAUGACUGUAACAUUUCUAGAGAUACUAACUUUAGAAAUUCAUUCUUUAUAAACUUUUUACUACUGUACCACAGAAACUAACAUUCAACUGCAAUUCUGAUAUGUUUAGAUAUAAAUUGAAAAUAUAUAUAGCUUAUUUUCCA